AUGCAACGUCAAGGCACAGUCCGAGCUCCGCUUUCCCGCAUUGUUGAUCCUCAUCAAAAAGUGAAUUACACUGUUUGUGGAUGGAUUAUCACUAUUAUCAGCUAUCUUGUUGUACUAUUCACAUUACCACUAUCUGCAUUUUUUUGUUUAAAGGUUGUACAAGAAUAUGAACGAGCAGUUAUAUUUCGCUUGGGUCGGCUGAAACACGGCGGAGCACGCGGCCCCGGCAUAUUUUUUAUCAUUCCAUGCAUAGAAUCAUUUAAGAAAAUAGAUCUUCGUGUCGUAUCAUUCGACGUUCCACCACAGGAGAUUUUGUCCAAGGAUUCCGUAACGGUGUCAGUGGAUGCAGUAAUUUAUUUCAGAAUAUCUAAUGCUACGGUCUCGGUGAUCAAUGUAGAAGAUGCAGCUCGCUCAACAAAACUUCUGGCUCAGACGACAUUGCGAAACUUCCUCGGAACAAGAACGUUAGCUGAAAUGCUUUCUUCUCGAGAUGCCAUUUCUAUGCAAAUGCAAGCCGCAUUAGACGAAGCCACUGAUCCGUGGGGAGUUAAAGUGGAACGAGUUGAAAUCAAAGACGUCCGGCUUCCAAUCCAACUUCAGAGGGCGAUGGCAGCUGAAGCUGAAGCUGCGAGAGCUGCCGGCGCAAAAAUAAUCGCCGCCGAGGGAGAACAACUUGCGUCGAGAGCAUUGGCGGAUGCCGCAGAUGUGAUCGCUCAAUCUCCAAUUGCAAUCCAACUCCGAUAUCUACAAACGUUAAACAGUAUUAGUUCCGAGAAGAACAACACAAUCAUCUUCCCGUUCCCGACUGAAUUGAUUGCCAAGUUCAUACAGUCUGCUGCCUCGUGA